AUUCACUUUGAAAGUUAGUCAACAGCAGUGAAGAUGGGACGGCACGUCUCCAUCCUCGAGAAAAGAACUGGAAGACUUUUCACAUGAAAGCUUGGGAGGAUGCCUCGUCUUGUGUUUUUAAUCUUUGGACUGAAUCAUACUGCAGAAGAGGAGAUGUUCCUUUCGAGCUUGGGACCUUCAUGAGUCGGAUAACUCUGCCAGUCCAGCCGACAUGGACCGCAUGAGCAGGAAUAAAGUGGAGCAUGGGCGACAAACGCACCAGGUCUUACAGAGCACUCCACUCGACUUGAUUGAAACAGGCAAAUCCCUCAAAGUCCAGGCAGAGCGCCCCCACCUGGUCAGCCUGGGAAGUGGACGCCUGAGCACAGCCAUCACUUUACUACCACUGCUGGAAGGGAAAACAACGCUGGGCAGUGAAGGGACAGAUAUCCCCCUGCAGGGCCCCGGCAUCACAGCUAAGCAUUGCUACAUUGAAAACCAGGCAGGCAACAUCACCUUGUACCCAUGUGGAAACCAGUGCUCAGUAGACGGCGUUCGCCUCACCAAACCCUAUCGGCUUACUCAAGGGUGCAUGCUGUGCUUCGGUCAGUCGGCCUUUUUCCGUUUCAACCAUCCCGAAGAGGCUCAGAGGAUGAAGAGCAUGCUACCAGAGGGGACCCGCGGGCUGAGCGCCACAAAAACUCCAUCUGACCCCCAUAAGGCUCUGAAUGGGAACCAUGACUCCAAAAUUAACAGUAUGGCAAAAACCUUGCAAGACUCUUUGGUGCUCAAGACUUCAUCAUCACCGGGUAUUGGUAUACAUCCCGUUCCCCCGGACAUGCUCAAUGGAACUAGCAACUCCAAAAUAGAUGUCUCAAUUUAUGAGAACAGCAGCAGCUUCCUGGGCCAUAACCUUGACAGCAAAACACCUCCAGUACCUGCCAGGUUACCUCAUACCAAUCACACCCCCGUCCCGCAUCCACGGCCCUCACUCUCUGUGGCUGCAAGUGGUACCAGUGGAAGUCAAAAGGCCCAGGAGAGUCCAAAGGCUCUGAGGAACGCAAGGGGAGAGGCAACAUCAUGCCCCACACAACAUAUCAGGGGGUCAGGACAGAGCGCAGAAAACUUAAGCCAAAGCCACAAACCAUCAUCCAUCAAGUUUUACCCAAAGACUCCGUCAAGCCCUCAAUUAAGGGGUUCCACCCUACAGAAAAGAUCCCAGAGCCCCUUGCGAGAGCAGGUUCAGUCUCUUUCCCAUGUAGACAUAUCUCAAAGGGUCAUUACUCCAGACUCGUCUGGGUCCACCGCCCUGAGGGUGCCCGGCAGAGGGACCUCAGGAUCGCAGGGUUCGGCUCUGCCCCUUACCUCGCAGGGCUUCACUGCUAACCCCAUCCCAGAGAGCCCCCAGGGCAACCGCAAACUCACGACUCCUUCAAAAGCAGAAGUCAUGCGGGCACUGUAUGCACAAAGUCCAUCACCACUCCCUAGGCUGGAGAAGGAGCAGGGAAGCAGGCAGUCAAGGCCUGCGCCAGGAAAUGCCACGGUCUCAAGCUUAGGCUCUGCAUCUGGCUUGUCUCCUAUCGCUAGCCCUCAUAGCGUAAGGAAGACUUCUUGUCUGACUGCCAAGGGAUCAUCCGGCAAGGACCCAAAUCCUCCAAAACCAUACACUCGGGAACGCAAAAACAGUAUCUCUGAGAUCAGCGACAAUGAGGACGAGCUGCUUGAAUACCAUCGCUGGCAGAGAGAGGAGAGGCUGCGUGAGCAGGAAAUGGAGAAACUGGAGCGACAGAGACUGGAGACCAUCCUGAAUUUGUGCGCAGAGUAUAAUCAUGAGGACGGCUCUGUGGAGCUGGUGAAGAGUGGUCUGCUGGGUGCUGGUAGAGGACUUUGUUCGGACUCGGGAGGUGGGAUGGCUCUCCUGGGAGACGGCCGAAACCAGAGGGUGAGAGAGAACGACGAGGAAAUCCAGAGAGAGGAGUCUAGCAGCACAGAGAGCACGCACCAAGAGUGUGAAGAGCUGUUAGCUGGACAGGAGGAGAUUUACCUGGAGGAGGAGAGGAACAGGAUCCUGGCCAGGGUUGAUGAUUUGAAACACAGAGUCAGUGAGCUGGAGCAGCAGCUACAAGAGACCAAACAUGAGGUGGAGAUGGAGCAAGCCCUGCUGCAGGCAGAGCGGCGGGCAGAGCAGGAGCAGGUGGAGGCUGAAAAUGAAAUAAUCUCUCAGCUACAGCUCAAACUCAACCAGCUGGACAAGGCCACCCAGAAAGAGAAGGACAAGGGGAGGGCUAAUGUGUCGGCUGAGCGGAAGGCCCUGGAAAAGCAGAGGAAUGAGUACAAUGAGCUGAAGAGGCAGUUUGAUAAGUGCCCCUUGUCUCUAAGGGAACAGUUACAGGAGCAGCUCAGCAGGAAAGCUGAAGCUCUGGAGUCUGGGACCAAGCAGUUUGAGGAGCUGGAGUUCUGCCAGCUGGAAGAGGAGAGCCGUCUAGAGGAGAAGAAGGAAGCUCAGAGCUCACAACUGCUCCAAGAGCGAGCCGAGUAUCACUGCAGCGUGGCCAAGAGGAAGGAAAAGAUGGCUGCUCUGGAAGCUCAGGUAAAGCAGCUGGGGUUACAGGCAUCUCAAGACUGUGAAAGGCUGGCAAAGGACAGGACAGUGACUUUGCAUCUGUUACAAAAGGAACAAGACAGGCUGUGCGCCCUGGAGAAGAAGUACCACACACUGACAGGAGGGAGAAACUUUCCAAAGCCCGGUGGCAGCAGCAGCAUGAAAGAGGAGUACCUCAGGAUGUCUGAUGUCUAUAGGAUGUAUGGAAAUGCUUCUCUGCAGCCUCACUCUUCCUCUCCUGCUGCUCUCCACUGCCUCUCCCUCACUGUAACUCCAGCUUUGCCAACUGAGGAGUACAUCACAGUCAGUCAGUUAAGUCAGAUCUUUGGGAUGCAGCGAGUCGAUCCCUCCUCUUCUUCCUCCUCUAUGCCAGCAUUCCAACUCGCCUCCUCUGAAUCCACCUUCUCAUGCCACACAACUGCACGUGGUCCUUCCUCCUUUCUCUCUGCACAGAGCCAACCUGAGCUGAGCAGGAAUGCAUUGCCUCCUCUUAAUCUUGAGCGCUGGUACCAGGAAAUCAUGGCAGCUGGAGAGCCUCAGCCAUGCCCUCCACCACUGCCUGCAAAGUCUUUUGCCACACGCAGACACGGGCAGCUGUCAAAGUCCAAAUCAGAAGGUGAAGUUGGACAGGUUUCAUCAAACAGAAGCACCACGUUGUUGCCACACUCCAGUGGUGCUACACAGGAGAAAAAUGCUUCCACAAAGGGGUUGCACUUAGCGCUGAGAGAGAUGUCAAACCCACUGGAGAUGGACUCCAGGAGGCAGUUGGCUUUGCCGAGCAGAGAUACAUCUCCCACAGUCCAUCACUCCAUCUUGCAUCACCAGCUGCCACCCAGUGGCAACCAGGCGUAUGACACCCUGAGUCUGGAAAGCUCAGACAGCAUGGAGACCAGCGUCUCCACCGGCAACUCCGCCUGUACCCCAGAAAGCGCCUGUGGCUUAGAGGCCCAGAGGAUAGAAGAGAUGGAAAAGAUGCUGAAGGAAGCGCAGCAGGAGAAAGCCAGACUGAUUGAGAACAGAGAGAGGGAGGUGCAGGCUCGGCGGCAGAUGUUAGAGGAGGAGCGGAGGAGGCGAGAGGAGGCCGAGAGGAGGCUUCAGGACGAGACGGCCCACAGGCAGAGGCUGGUGGAGGAGGAGGUGAAGAUGAGAGAGAAGCAGUUCUCCCAGGCCCGUCCAAUGACGCGCUACCUGCCGAACCGCAAGGAGGAGUUUGACCUGCGUGCCCAUGUGGAGUCAUGCGGCCACAACAUAGACACCUGCCCCUUUGUCAUCCUCACUGAAAAAAUGUGCAAGGGCCACUUGGUGAAGAUGGGCGGCAAAAUCAAAUCCUGGAAGAAACGCUGGUUCGUUUUUGACCGUCUCAAGAGGAACUUCUGUUAUUACGUGGACAAGCAUGAGACCAAGCUGAAAGGGCUCAUUUACUUUCAGGCGAUUGAAGAGGUUUAUUACGAUCACCUACGCAGCGCUACUAAGAGCCCCACUCCAUCUUUGACCUUCUGCGUGAAAACUCACGACCGGCUUUACUAUAUGGUGGCCCCGUCCCCUGAGGCCAUGAGGAUCUGGAUGGAUGUCAUAGUAACGGGUGCAGAGGGCUAUACGCAGUUCAUGAGCUGAGGGACCACUGGGUGAGCGAUCUGGUUGAUGUCGGAAACCGAGCGAGCACCCAGACACCUGCGAGCCAACCUGAGCUGCUCCCUGCCGCAGCCGGGACUGGAAUCAAACAGCUUGACAGCGUGUAACGGAUGGACUUUUAAAGGGAUGAAUAACCUUGGGCCAGAUGCCUUUGAGCAGAUGAGGGCUCACUCAUGACAAGGGUGCAUUUCAGUGAUUAUGAGAGUUGUAUUUAUCUUUCACCUAGCUGUGUGAGUAGAAGAAAAAAAAAUACUUUGAGUAGCCUGCCAGUAGAUUCACGAGGGACUUCUCAGCAACAUCAAUCACAUUCGAGUACCAAAUGUACUGUUAAUAUUUACAAUACGAUACUUUAUUCUUACUUUAUAUAAGCUCAACCUGUUUACACCUUUGAAGCCGAUCUAUGCAUGCAGUUUUAUCACUCUAACCUUUUUGAUACAUUUGUACUUUUUCCCUUUGUUAACUUUUCUCAUAUUACAAAAUAGCCUCUCAGUAUUAAAAAACAACAACUAUACAGUAAAAACAACUUACAAGCAGCUACUCUGAAAUAUAUUAUUGAGAUGCAUAUUAUUUGGUGCCAAAUACUUGUAAUGCUGUGCCAGAUUUGUUCUUUUUUUUGUUACACAAGUGUUAAUACCACUUUAUGUAUUGUUCCAGGAGCUUCUCAUUUAGGCUAAUAACACAGCUUUAAUAUGUCUGUAUUUUACAUAAAUACCCUAUGUCAAGUUAAAUUGUAAUAAUAUGAUUUUAAUAAGAAUCAUAAAUUAUAUAACAGGAUUGUAAAAC